AGAGAUGGGGAUACACAGACCAGCUUGGAGAAGAUCAAACGACAAUUAGCUUCCAGCUCUGGUAGAAAUCUGUUGCAGGGUCCUCUUCUUAAGCGAUCGGAAACGCUGAGGAAAUGGAAUGAGAGGUGGGUAAUCUUAGACCCAACAACAGGAAAAAUGGAAUACAAGAUCAGGAGAAAUGAGCCAACUGUUAAGGGAGGCAUUACAUUUGAUGCAAAUAGCACGAUUACGAUAUCUCCUGUGAACUUCCAUGGACUACCAAAGUAUGAUGGGUGCUGUUUCUAUAUUGGGACACCACAGAAAAAAGAUUAUUUCCUCUGUGCAGAAACUCCUGGUGCAGCUAGAGCUUGGGUAUCAACUUUACAUGCAACACAGUUGGUUCUAAAGGCACAUAAAGAGGCUGUGAAUUCUUUAAGCGGGAAUGGUUCUGCAAAGCUAGGAACAGUUGCUACUGUAGUUGCUGCUGCCAAUUCGACAGCCCUGGAAGCUUCUAAAGAAAUUGAAGCGGCUAUGCAGAUUGCCAUGAGGAAUGCUCUAGGAGCAAUGAUGAGUCGACCAACUGAUGGUCCGAUGGAUGAUCUCACAAUCAUGAUGGAGACACUACGAGUCAAGGAUGAAGAGCUACAACAUUUAGCGAGGGACCUUCGUUCUCGGGAUUCAACAAUCAAAGAGAUUGCUGAUAAACUAACUGAAACUGCUGAAGCUGCUGAGGCUGCAGCAUCUGCCGCUCAUACCAUGGAUGAACAAAGGAGAGUUGCUUGUGUGGAGAUUGAGCGCGUAACAAAAGAUUCAGAAAAGCGGUUAGAGUCAUCCAAGUUGAAGCUAAGAGAAUCUGAAGAAAAGGUUACAGUUCUAAGUAAAGAAAGAGAUCAACUUAUUAAGCAGAGAGAUUCUGCUCUUCAGGAAGCGCAUUUAUGGCGUUCUGAGCUUGCAAAAGCUAGAGAGCGUGUUGUGAUACUAGAAGGAGCUGUUGUUAGGGCCGAGGAAAAAGUCAGGGUUGCAGAGGCAGAUGCUGAAGCUAGAGUAAAGGAAGCUACACAAAAAGAGGCAGCAGCUUUAAAGGAGAAGCAAGAGCUUCUUGCAUAUGUGAACAUGUUACAAGCACAACUUCAAAGGCAGCAGAUUGAUACGAAGCAAGUUUUUGAGGCCGAGUCAUGUUCAGACACGGGUAACACUCAGCCACUGACAAAGCACGUGGAUCCGUCAGAUGAGAAUGUGGACAAAGCAUGUUUAAGCGUUUCUAGAGCAAGCAUUGGAGAUGGUGAAUGGAGUGAUAUUCAAGCAACAGAGGCAACUAUAGCUGAUGUCAGAGAAAUUGGGCCCGAGACAGAAGGGAGAAGCUUGGAUAUACCUGUGGUUAGCCAACCGAUUAAUAAUCACCAUGAGCAAGAAGCAAAUUCUUUCCGUCAGCCAUAAUUGAAACAGUCGACCAUCUCAGUUACAGAAAGGAAAUUUGAACUUUUCUUGAUCUGAAACAUUGUUCGUGAGUAAGCUAUUUCUACAUGUUGGUUGUUGUCAACACUAUACGUUUCUUUCUUCUUCUCUUCUUAUUGAUGGGAAAUAUGAAAUUUCUUCUUGUGAUUUUUAAUGCUUCACACACAAUAUAGUCCUUAUAUAUAUCUCUGUAGAGUUCGGUUCCUGACGCUUAUGCUAUAAAAUCAUAUUUGAUCUGUCUUGUCGACUUUA